AUGAAGAUUCAAAACCUAGCCGCCUCACUAUUGUCUCUCGCUGCUACCGUCUGGGCGCAUGAUUCUCAUCAUGAGGCCCAUCAUGAUGACCCUCACGGGGGACCUCACGGGGGACCCCACGGGGGCCCUCAUUGGCCUCCUCACCCUGGUUACCAUCACAACACCACGUUGAGUACGCACAGCAAGCCUGUGCCUAGUCACUUGCCAAAGCCUUCACCAACUGCUGGCGGCUCCUUCAAUGAUACCCAUAUUAUCUUCAAGCUCACUGUUCCAUGUUCGCUUGGCUCUGGCAGUCUGGACUGGUUCAGCGAUAUUUCCGACACCAACUACUACGGCUACCAUUUCUUACCGGAACACUUCAAGGGAUACCACGACCGGGAAGGCAGCUUCUCAGAAAUCGAAAUUGAUGUGGACGGAUCAGGUCCUACAAGAUUGGAGGUGAUAAUCAGCGAGAAAUGCAAAAGUCCUGAUGACGUCAUCCAUGUGGAAAUCGAUGCCACAAUCGUUCACUCGAAGCCAGGUUAUAUUGGAUACUUCUUCCUCUACACGGAGGAGGAGUCUGGAAGUCACGAAAAAAUCUCCACUCACCUUAUCACUGGAGUGGCCACCGCUGCCAAGCAGACCCCAACGGCGCCACCUCCAGCUCAUACCGAUCCUCCAGAGCCUACAGAGUCUCCUAGCCACCACGACCGUAAACUGCCACAAGGAAUCAAGUUCACGCCGGUGCCAACCCCAACCUUUAAGCCACACUUCAAAGAGCACCAUUAA